CCCACUCCUCUCUUCCAUACCCAUCUCCCGCACAACUGUUUUUAAUUCUACUCCACUGAUUCAAACUCACACAUACAAAACAGGGUUCAAAAAAAUGCCUUCUUCAGCUUCUAAAACCAUGAUAAUCUCGCGAUGCACAAUAAAACCAGAUCAAACAUCAACAAUCAAAGAUCUUAAACUCUCUGUUUCUGAUCUUCCUAUGCUUUCAUGUCAUUACAUUCAAAAAGGAGUUUUAUUAACUCGUCCUGAUAACAUUCCAUUUGAUUCUCUAAUCCCACUUCUCAAAAUCUCACUCUCUAAAACUCUUUCUCAUUUCCCUGCUCUCGCCGGUCGUAUGAAAACGGAUUCCUCCGGUUUCGUACACAUCGAUUGUAAUGAUCUUGGUGUCGAUUUCGUCGAAGCUAAUGCAACACAUUUAUCAAUUCGUGAUGUUCUACCACCACAAAACAGCAACCAUGAUAAUAAUGAUUUGCCUCAAGUGAUUAGAGAAUUCUUUACUUAUGAUGGAGUUGUGAGUUAUGACGGUCAUUACAGACCUCUAGCUGCUGUGCAAGUGACGGAAUUGUCUGAUGGUGUUUUUAUUGGUUGUGCUGUUAAUCAUGCCGUUACUGAUGGUACAUCUUUCUGGAAUUUCUUCAAUACUUUUGCAGAGAUUACUAAAGGUGUUAAGAAGAUUACGAAACAACCUGAUUUUACUAGAAAUUAUGUGAAAGAUUCUAAAGCUGUUCUUCAAUUCCCCGACGGAAAUCCAAAGGUAACGUUUGAUGUUGAUGCUCCAUUAAGAGAGAGAAUUUUCCAUUUCAGCAGAGAAUCGAUUCUGAAAUUGAAAUCCAGAGCUAAUAAUUUCAAGAAAUUCGAGAACGGGUAUGAGAUUAUAGGGAAACUGAGCAACGAUCAAAACCAAAACCCAAACGGGAAGCCGGCGGAAGUUAAUCCAACGGUUGAGAUUUCAUCGUUUCAAUCAUUAAGUGCUCAAUUAUGGAGAUCAGUAACACGAGCAAGAAAACUUCCGGCGAAUAAACCGACGACGUUUCGGAUGGCAGUUAACUGCCGUCACCGUUUAGAACCACGUAUGAAUCCGUAUUAUUUCGGUAACGCUAUACAGAGUAUCCCAACCAUUGUUCCGAUAGGCGAACUGUUGUCUAGAGAUUUGUGCUGGAGUGCUGAGAUGUUGAAUAAAAAUGUGAGGGCGCAUAAUCAUGAUACAGUGGUACAGGGAGUAGAAGAAUGGGAGAAGAACCCAAGAUGUUUCCCACUAGGGAACUUCGAUGGUGCAUCAAUCACAAUGGGAAGUUCACCGAGAUUUCCGAUGUAUGAUAAUGAUUUUGGGUGGGGUCGACCAUUAGCUGUACGUAGUGGUAAGGCUAAUAAAUUUGAUGGGAAAAUAUCAGCUUUUCCAGGGAGAGAUGGUGGUGGAAGUGUUGAUCUUGAAGUUUGUUUAUCACCUGAUGCUAUGUCAGGUCUUGAAAAUGAUACUGAGUUUAUGCAGUAUGUAACAGACUUGCUUUGAUUUUGGUUGCUUUUAAUUGGUGUGGUUAGACAACAAAAAAUAAUAUCCAAGCAAGGUACUCGUUAUUGUGACUUAUUAAAAGAAGUAAUUUGCCAGUUGCGUUCCAGUUCGAUUUUGUGCACACUCCCAACAGCAUGCACAUCGCAUCUCUAUCUCUUCUGGUAUAAUUUUUGACGAUACAGAUAACCUAUUGCCUUCCACAAAAAAUCGAUCUUUCAUUUUUUCAAUUGUACCUUGAACUUAUGUUCUGAUGGAAGUUGGAAUUGAGGUUAGCACAAAAUAUGUUACUAGUUCGAAAUACAGUUCAUUGAUAUUAACAUGCAACGAUUUU